UGGCUUGCCGUACAACGACAGUCUCGGCUUUCUAGGUACCUCGCCGCCGUUGUACGGGUACAGAUGUGGCGGUACGACAUCGUCGGCGUCGUACGGACCGGGAUCGUACUACGGUUUGUACGGCAGCGCUCCAACUGCGCCAUCGGUGUUGGGAGGAGGAAGGUAUGGAGGGCUGGCACAAGGUGGAAUUGCUGUUGGUGGCGGUGGCGGUGGAAGUGGGGUGUUUCGGACGUCUGCUGGCGGCAUCGUGGCGAGCGGUUACGGCAGCGGCCUAGGUAGUGGCGGCAGUUAUGGUGGUUAUAAUGGUGGUUUCGGAGCUGAGGAGAUUGCCGUACAUCAGACGGUUGAGUGCUACGACACGUCGGCGGGUCGUUGGCGGCCGUGUGCGGGGCUGCAGCAUGGGGGCAGGGCGGGACUGGCGUUGUGCGCGGCAUGAGGGGCGGGAUGCGGCUGCGAUUGUGCGUCGUGUGUAUGGAGCGGGUUCCAUCUAGCAAGCGGUACCCCCUGGUAAGUAGUCGUUGAAACAGGGCACUGCGACAAAGUGCCCUAUAGAACGGUAUGUGUUGGUCCCUGAGUGGGAGUGCAUGUAAAGGCAUGUAGAAGGAAGGCAGGAGGGCGUGCUAGAUGGAUGCUAUGAAGUUUACCUACCGAGGGUUGGACACGGCGACACGGUGAGGGGAGGGACACAGCCUGAUGCAGGAGACGGACGCGUUUGGUCAGAACACAAACAGGGUUGCAACGGUUGUCCCGAAGACUUGCGGGAAGUUGAAGGCUAAGGGUACAGCAUGAGCACUUAACGUGAGGCCGCAAGAGCCCGCAGUUCCGCGACCACAUGUACCAGGACGCACAGGAAGUUUGAGAAUCGGGUUCAUAUUGAACCGAUGUUCCGAAUGUAAUAUGGAAUACAUGCGCGAGCUAUUUUCUAAAAACUGUUUGGCUUGAAGUGCGAACGAGGCUUGCGCAGCUGUCAUGAACAGAGGAACUCCUAUGACGGGGACCGCGCUCACAAGCUGCGGGGGAGUGGAAG